AUGGAGGAUAGAACUUUGCAUCAGAAAAUAGAGAUGGAAACGAAUGGCCCAGAGAAACUAAGAGUUGACAAUAUUCCAGAAAAUAUUCCAGAAAGUUGUGAAGAAAAGAUAGUUGAUAAAAUGACGAUUAGAGAACCACACACGUUGCUGAUAAUUCCAGAGAAAAAAAUAUCCUUUGAUAUAUUUUGUUACUUAAUUGGAAUAUAUAAAAAACAUGGUUUAUAUUUUGAAGAAAUGGAGAGGUUCUUAAAAUAUGUUAAAAGAAGACGAAUGAAGCUCAGAAGGAAUGUUUUAAACAAAGUUAAAAAAGUUGGAAAUAAAUAUACAUCAAAAAUAUAUGAUCCUGAUGUAAUAAAUGAUAAAUACUUUGAAUUACUACUUUUAGAUGUUGAAAUAUGUAGAGCUAAAUAUAUAAAAGUUAAAACAGAUGUAAAUAAUCUAAAAGCACCAUAUAGAUCUAAAUAUUGUUAUUUAAGACGAUUAAAAAAAGGCCUAAAAAAAAUAAACUUUUUAAUUAAUUCUAUAAGUAAAGUAAUUGAUAAAAAUACAGAAUUACAAAUAAAAUGUUAUCAUGCUUAUAUUGAAAUUGCCUAUCUUUUAGAGAUAAAAAAAUAUGAAGAAUGCAUAUCUAAAAUUAUUGAAUUUUCAAAACUUGUUAAAUUAAUAAAAAGAAUUACUGUGAAUAAUAUAACAUCUAAUGUAAAUAAUACAAGUAUAGAAUAUGAUAAGAAAAAUGGAGAAGAAAAUUUAAUAAAUUUAAGUGAAAAUAUUAUAGUGGAAAAAAGUAAACUAUUUUUAGAAGAAGAAAAAAGAAUCAAUGAAAUUUAUGAAUAUUUUUUGUCGAAUAUAAAUUCAUAUGAACGUAUAUGCUUAUAUAAUAUUAAAAAAGAUAAUGUAAAAAAAAGUAAUGAAAAGUUACAAGAAGAAGAUUUAGAAGAAAAAAAAGAUAAAAUAACAGAGAUAGAAACAUAUCAAAACAAUGAAAAUGAAACAUUACAAAUAUAUUGCAUAGAUAAUACUAUUAUUAUUAAAAUAAAAAACAAAAGAUAUAAAUUAAUAAAUGAUGGAACAAAUGAUAGUAUAUUAAAAAUUAAAAAUAUUUUAGACAAUGAUAUAAAAACAGUGAUAGAAUAUGAUGAAAUAAUCAAAUUAAAUCAAAAUUUUAAUUUAAAUGAAGAAAUAAAAAAUAAAAAUUUUAUACUUAUAAAAUUUUUGGAUAAUUAUGAUUUAUCUUUUUUAAUAAAUAACUAUGGAAAUAUAUUCUCAUUAUAUAACAAUUGUUUAUCAAUAGUUCAUGAAGAAUUGGUUAAAUCAACACAUGGGGAUUUAACUACAAAUAUGAACAAUAAAAAUUCUAAUAAUGACACGAUCCUUAUGGAAAAAGUUUGGAAUAAUUUAGAAAAUCAUUUAUUGUGUGAAAAGUUAUAUAUAGAUACAGAAAGGGCAAUCAUAGUUUUAAUGAAAAACUUAUAUAAUGUAUUAAAUAUGAAUAAUAAUUUAAAAGAAUUUAAUUUCUUUAAUAAAAAAACUUUAGAUGAUAUUGUAGAUAAAAUGCCAUUAUUACAUUCCGCAUAUAGAUAUGCAGAUAUGCUUAGACAAAAUAUUGAUGAAUUAAAAAAUAUUGAAAAUAUAGAUAUUUUUAUUAAUAUGUUGCAAAUUAUUAAAAAUGUUAAAUCCUUUUCAUUAGCUUGUUAUUAUGCUUUAAAAGAAAAAAAUGCAGAAGCAUACGCAUUAUUUGAUUUAGUUAAAUCCAGAAAUUAUAUUUAUAUAAAUAUUGACAAUUCUGAAUAUUAUAAUAAUAAAUCCCUGUUGCGUGUUUCGAUUUUAUUUAACAGAUUGCAAGAUAUUUUAUCGAUUCUUAAUAAUAAUUUUUAUUUUAAACACUUAGCAAUUUUCGCAUUACAAAUAAAAACGAAAUCUAUUAUCAAAGAUAGAAGUUUAUUCAAUAUUGAUCAUACGUUAUUUGAACGUAAAAUGAAACAAAUAUAUUUAAACCCUCUACAUAUUGACAUGGCACAAAUAUUCAUUGAACCUUCCUUAUUGGCCAAAAAUAUUCAAGAAGAAAAAAAAACAUCUGGGUUAAGAAGUCUUAUACAAUCAUUUUGGAAAUAA